CAAAACCCUCCUUUCUCUCUCUCUCCCUCUCUCUCUCUGCCCAAAAACCCUCGCUUUCUCUCUCUAGGGUUUCGAAUUCAGCUCUUCAGGUUUCGGAAAGGAUGUCGUUGAGGCCGAGCGCGAGGACCGAGGUCCGCCGGAACCGGUACAAGGUCGCCGUCGACGCCGAGGAGGGCCGGCGCCGUCGCGAGGACAACAUGGUGGAGAUCAGGAAGAGCCGCAGAGAGGAGAGCCUCCAGAAGAAGCGCCGCGAGGGACUUCAGCCCCAGCAAUUGCCCGCUUCUGUCCCCACCUCCGCCUUGGAGAAGAAGCUAGAGCAUCUACCGUCCAUGGUAGCGGGUGUUUGGUCUGAUGAUAGUGCUCUGCAGCUGGAGGCAACCACUCAGUUUAGGAAGCUGCUUUCAAUUGAAAGAAGUCCUCCGAUUGAGGAGGUCAUACAAUCUGGAGUCGUCCCUCGAUUUGUUGAGUUUCUGAUGAGAGAGGAUUUCCCUCAGCUUCAGUUUGAGGCAGCUUGGGCUCUCACAAACAUUGCUUCUGGGACUUCUGAGAACACAAAGGUGGUAAUUGACCAUGGAGCUGUGCCCAUAUUUGUUAAACUUCUUGGCUCUCCGAGUGAUGACGUCCGUGAGCAGGCUGUUUGGGCCUUAGGAAAUGUUGCUGGUGAUUCUCCCAGAUGUCGUGAUCUUGUGCUCACUAGUGGGGCCUUGGUUCCCUUGCUGGCACAAUUAAAUGAGCAUGCCAAACUCUCUAUGCUAAGAAAUGCAACAUGGACACUUUCAAACUUCUGCAGGGGCAAGCCACAACCUUCUUUUGAACAGGUUAAGCCGGCACUUCCAGCUCUUGCACGCCUUAUUCAUUCAAAUGAUGAAGAAGUUUUGACAGAUGCAUGUUGGGCACUUUCUUACCUUUCUGAUGGAACAAAUGAUAAAAUUCAAGCAGUUAUUGAAUCAGGAGUAUGCCCUCGGCUUGUUGAGCUUUUACUCCAUCCAUCUCCUUCAGUACUAAUUCCUGCUCUUCGUACUGUUGGAAAUAUUGUCACUGGAGAUGAUUUGCAAACGCAGGUCAUCAUUCAGCAUCAAGCUUUACCUUGUUUGCUGAAUUUAUUGAAUACCAAUCAUAAGAAGAGCAUCAAGAAAGAAGCAUGCUGGACGAUAUCGAAUAUCACAGCGGGAAACAAGGACCAGAUUCAGGCUGUCAUUGAGGCUAAUAUAAUUGGCCCCCUUGUUAAUCUGCUUCAAAAUGCUGAGUUUGAUAUUAAAAAGGAGGCUGCUUGGGCAAUCUCCAAUGCUACAUCUGGUGGUUCUCAUGAGCAAAUCAAGUUUUUAGUGAGUCAAGGGUGCAUCAAGCCUUUGUGUGAUCUUCUUAUCUGCCCCGACCCUAGGAUUGUUACUGUGUGUUUGGAAGGUCUUGAGAACAUCUUGAAGGUUGGAGAAGCUGAGAAGAAUUUGGGUAAUACUGGGGGCGUCAAUCAAUAUGCUCAGCUGAUUGAUGAUGCUGAGGGGUUGGAGAAAAUUGAGAACCUACAAAGUCAUGACAACACUGAGAUAUACGAGAAGGCAGUAAAGAUUCUCGAGACAUACUGGCUAGAGGAAGAGGAUGAUACAAUGCCACCAGGUGAUGCUUCUCAAUCUGGAUUCAACUUUGGAGGAGACCAAGUUCCUUCCGUGCCUUCCGGUGGAUUCAACUUCAGUUAAAGGGUGGAAGUGAAGUGCUCGGGUUUUAACGAUAGUCGGAUUGAGAAAGCAUGAGGACUUAUUCGAUUUGUUAUUUCACAAGCAUCUGCCAAAGGAAAAAAAAAAACCCCGGGGUUCUAUUUUUGGUGAGUGGUUGUCCCCAUUAGUUGGGCUUAUCACGUACAGCGGAUGUCAAGAGUCUCUUCAUUUGUUUUUUCUUUUUUCGUUUUCCCUUUGUUUUAGUUUUUCAUAGAAGUGUUGUAGCUAAAAGUGUUGCUUAUGGGUUUGAUACCAAGUCAUUUUGGCGACUUCCAAGAGUCUUCAUAUUUUGCUUUUCUAGUUUGAGGAUUCAAUUCCUGUCCGUUGUAUGUUGUGUGGUGAUAAACUUUUAAUUUUUGGGGGGAGCUUCAAGAGUUGUUGUUUAAGAUUUCAGUCGUCCGGGGGGAUAUGUCCACUGUCCCGAUGCUAGAAGUUGUUUAAAAAAUUCUUGUUAUCAAGAGAAAGGUUUAUUAUCUA